CCGGGGAGGGGGCGUCUGCCCCCGCCGUUGCGAAACCCCCUCCCGGGCCGGCGGCCAAUGACGGAGCCCUCGGGGCGGGGUGGGGGGUGGUUUAGGGGCUCAUCAGCACACACACACAACCCCCCCCCGCGCCGGGGGCCCUUUGAAAUCCCAUCCGCCCUGCCCUCCUCCCCGAGGGGGCGGGCGCAGGAGGCAGCCCCCGGGUGUAUAAAGGCGGUGGCGGGCGGCGCAGGUAGCUGCUGCUCGGGGGCCGCGGGAGCUGCUACGCCGACCGAGACAGCGGCGGGGACGAGGGGCCGGGAGGGGACGGGACGGGACGGGACGAGGAUGCGGGGGCUGCUGGCGCUGCUGGCGGCGCUGAGCUGCGCGGCCCCGGCGGGGCGGGCGGCGGCAGCCGGGGGUGCCCUCAGCUCCAACGCCAUCAAGGGACCCCCCCCGGGGGGAGCGGCCGAAGCCAGCGCCGCCCCCGCCGUCCCCUUCGACGGCAGCAACAAGCCGCCGCCGGCCGCCACCCGGCAGCCGUUCCCCUGCGCGGAGGACGAGGACUGCGGCCCCGAGGAGUUUUGCGGGGGGGCGGCCCGCGGCGGGGGCGCCCCGCUCUGCCUCUCCUGCCGGAGACGCCGCAAGCGCUGCCUGCGCGACGCCAUGUGCUGCCCCGGCACGACCUGCAGCAACGGGUUCUGCACCUCCCCGGAGCCUCCCCAUGGAGCUGCCGAGGUGGAUGAGAUGGGCACUGAGGUUUUGCCCCGACGGACACCUGCGCCUGCCUGGAUCCCCACUGCCAAAGGUGAGGAAGGGGACUUCUGCCUGCGCUCGUCAGACUGCGCGGCCGGACUCUGCUGCGCCCGUCACUUCUGGUCCAAAAUCUGCAAACCGGUGCUGCGGGAAGGGCAGGUGUGUACCCGGCACCGGCGGAAAGGCACCCACGGCCUGGAGAUCUUCCAGCGGUGCCAGUGCGCCGAGGGGCUGGCGUGUCGGCUGCAGCGAGAGCAGGGCCCCGCCGACACCUCCCGCCUGCACACCUGCCAGCGGGUCUGAGCAGCGCCGGACGGACACACGGACAGGGCGGACUCCGGCCCCGCCGGAGCGGAAGGUUGUUUCUCAAGGGAACUAUUUUUAAACGACUAAUUAAUUGCAGUACGUUACUGUGUUGUGAAUACUCGAGCUGGCACUUAUGCUGUACAUAACGCCGGGACUUUUAAUGACUUUUUAAUUUGUUUUUUCUGAGGGUGCUGCCUUGUGCUCUUCAAGCCAUGACUGUGAUUUUGUACACACUGGGUUUUUAAAUCUACGUCUGUUUGCGCGAGAAUAAACCGAUCUUUAAAAUCA